AUGGCAGCACAAGCUGCAAAGGCAGCACAUGCUGCAAUGGCUGCAUAUGCUACAAAGGCUGUAUAUGCUACAAAGGCUGCACACCAUGCAAAGGGUGCAAACGCUGCAACAGCAGCACAUGCUGCAAUGGCAGCACACACUACAAAGGCAGCACAUGCUACAAAGGCGGCACACAAUACUAGGCAGCACACACUGCAAAGGCAGCCCAUGCUGAGAAAGGCAGCACAAACUGAAAAGAUCCUGACUGAGGAGCAGAAGCAGGUGCUGGCUGGGAGGCUAAUCAUUGCUGCGUCACAGGGUCAGACCGGCCAAGUGCGGGCACUCCUGGAUGCGGGGUCGCCAGUCAACGCGACAGACGCCAGUGGCGACACUGCCCUGCAUGAAGCAGUGGUGAAUGGCCACGAAGAAACUGUCAAGUGCCUGAUUGAUGCCGGAGCAGAUGUCAACGUCAGGGACUCGGAUGGGAUGACGCCUCUGCACUGGGCUGCAUGUAGAGGUGGCGAGCAGCACAUUGUACGGAUGCUACUGGCGGCGUCAGCGUGUGCAGAUGUCCAGCACGAUGCGGGGGAGACUCCACUCCAUGUGGCUGCCAGAUGGGGUGUGCAUAUGCAGCGAAGGCACUGCUGCUGGCCGGUGCGAGGAGGGACAUAA